AUGACACCAAAAGUUUCAAGCUUGGAAGCAGCCCAGAAAGCCAUAAACUCAAUUGGGGUGGGAUUUGACAUAACACAAGAUAUAGGUUUUGACAACUGUAAGAAGGGUUCAAGGUUGAUAUUUGUCAAUGAGAAACAGUGCCGUCUUCUUGAGAUUCCUGGUGGAGGGGUUUCAAUUCCAAAUGUCCCUAACUCUAUCAAAUGUGUUAGAGGGGAAUCAAUUAGAGUCUGCUCAGAAGUUCUAACCUUGCAACAGAUGUUGGAACACUUCAACCAGGAAAUGUGCCUUGGAGGACAAACUGCAUCGGGUCAUUUCUGUGCUUCAUUUGGGUUAUCUAGUCGAAGUCUAAAAGAUUUGGCUUCUAUCAAGUCUCUUGCUUAUGAUGGUUGGUUCAUCAAACGCUAUGCCAUUGAAUUAGAAAGGUAUCAUGGUGAACUCCUUGAUCAUGUCAAAGAAGCAGUGCCAUCAUCGUGGGACCCUGAGGCCUUAGCAAGGUUUAUAGAACGGUUUGGAACUCAUGUCGUAGUUGGGGUAAGCAUUGGAGGAAAGGAUGUGUUAUAUCUUAGACAAGGGGAUACAUCAUAUCUGGGUCCUAAUGGUAUUCAGAAACUUUUGAAGGAUACAGCUAACAUGAAGUUCAAGGAUUCUGCAGAUAUUCAUCGCGGGGCUUCAGAAGACUUGUGUCAAGAAAAAGAGGAUCUUUUCAUGAUACAUAGUAGGAGGGGUGGAAGCGAUCAAAAGAUGUAUCAUGAUGAAUGGUUGGAUACUAUUGACUCGGAACCUGAUGUAAUAUCAUUGUUCCUUCUCCCUCUGACAUCCCUUUUGAGAAGCAUCCCUGGAAGUGGAUUUGUGAGCCAUGCCAUAAAUCUCUAUCUCCGUUACAAACCUCCAAUUGAGGACCUUCAUCAGUUUUGUGAGUUUCAGCUACCAAGACAAUGGGCACCUGUACCUAGUGAGAUUAGCCUCGGUUCUCGUUCGAAGCAUCAAGUGAACACCUGGCUUAGAUUUAGUAUCUUGGGUCCCAAGCUUUACAUAAAUACCAUACCAGUGGAUGUAGGGAAUAGACCAGUAGUUGGGCUAAGAUUACAAUUGGAAGGAAGAAGAAGCAACCGAUUGGCCAUUCACCUGCAGCAUCUGGCUUCUCUACCCAAGUCCUUACCACUUUCUGACAACGCAAAUACUUACUUAUCUUGUGACUCAUAUAACUGCAAUUUGCAUAAAAAAGUUAAAUGGAACUCUUUUUCAUACGUUUGUACUGCUCCAGUUGAGUCAGAUGAUAGUGUUUCAAUUGUGACAGGAGCUCAGUUACAAGUUGAAAAGAAGUGUCUCCUUCUGAGGCUGCGCUUCUCCAAAGUAGUUGGUGCCAUUCUGCAGAAACCUGAGUGGGAUCAAUCCUCCAGUCUUGGCCAGUUUAGCAUGAAAUCUGGGGGUAUCUUAGCAAUCAUUUCCAAAGAGGGACAGAGGGGCCAUCCAAAGCCAGGUGAUAAAACCAUUAGUUCCAAUACAUAUUCUUAUGCACGCCCUGCGCCAGUUCACACACCUAAGCUUCAAAGGUUUGUUGACACAACUGAAAUGAUGAGAGGACCAGAAGAUACUCCUGGAUAUUGGGUUGUGUCUGGGGCAAGGCUUUCUUUUGAGCAUGGAAAAAUAUAUCUCCUUGUUAAGUAUUCGCUAUUAUCUUUUGUUAUGGAUAGUGAAACUGAAGCUUCACAGAAGUGCUUUAAAGAUCAAUCUACCUUCCUUUCAAGUUAA